AUGCAUAUAAACGACUGGAAUAGCGGUUCGGAAAAUCAACAUGUUUCCCUAAAACCUGUUUCUGUACUUCUCGCCGUUGGGCUUCAAACGCCAAACCCGAAGUCCAAGGCAAAGGACCAUCAAGAUGCCUUGUCAAAGCGACUUGCACUUUGGAAGGACGGUGAGAUCAGUAAGCUAAUACGUGACCGGGGACGAAUCAUACAAAGUCGUAUUGGAAAAUUUAAAGGAUCAAACCACCCUGAUAAAGCUAAAGUCUUUGCUAAGCUUGUGCUAGAAGGUCAAAUCAACUCCGCCCUUCGCUUCCUGAGUGAAAACUCAAAUGGCGGCGUGUUAACGUUAACUGACGAUGUAAUGACGCAAUUAAAACAGAAGCAUCCUGAGCCACAACCAGCAAAACUAGGAUCGGUAUUAUUUGGCCCGCUCAAUGACGAGAUACCCGAAUCUGUUUACUCACAGAUCAAUGGUGAGAUCGUUAGGCAAGCCGCUUUCAGAACAAAGGGAUCCGGAGGCCCGUCUGGUGUCGAUGCUAACGGCUUUAGAAGAAUGUUGGCAUGUAAGUCCUUUAAGCAAUCAUCUACAAGACUGUGCGAAGCUAUAGCCAGAAUGGCCAAGACUUUGUGCACACAAUAUAUCGAUCCUACCACUAUCGAAGCAUUGAUUUUAGUCGUUUAA